AUGGCGUCCAGCAGUAACUGGCUGUCGGGGGUGAAUGUAGUGCUGGUAAUGGCCUACGGAAGCCUCGUGUUUGUACUGCUAUUUAUUUUUGUAAAGAGGCAAAUCAUGCACUUUGUAAUGAAAUCCCGAAGGGGACCUCAUGUCCCUUUGGGACACAAUGCCCCCAAGGACUUAAAAGAGGACAUUGAUAUUCGACUAUCCAGGGUUCAGGAUAUCAAGUAUGAGCCUGAGCUCCUUGGGGAUGAUGAUGCAAGUCUACUACAGCUGGACAUCCAAGAAAAUCAGAAUUGCUACAACUAUUUAUACAGGAUGAAGGCUCUGAAUGCCAUCCAUGCCUCUGAGAUCCCAUUUCAUGCUGAAGGCCGGCAUCUCCAUUCCUUAAUGGGCAAGAAUUUUCACUUCUACCUGCUAGAUCUUCGAAACACUAGUACUCCUUUCAAGGGUGUGCGCAAGGCCCUCAUUGAUACCCUGUUGGAUGGCUAUGGGACAGCCCGCCAUGGGACGGGGUCUUUGGCCAGAGAGAGUACCUGCGCUAUCAGGAGGCCCUGA